UUGCAGGAGAAACAAGCGAAAUGAAAAGAGCCGUAGUCCCAGGUAUCACCUUCUAUCUCCUCUUCACCUUUUCACCUUGCCACAUGACUACCUAUUCAGAGGGCAGAGAAGAAAAUCCUGAUGCUGUGGUUGACCCUGCUUUGCCCUCACUGAAACUUGGCCUCUCCAUCUGUGCGAUGAAAAGCGAUUCUGGGCCCUGCAAAGCACUACACAGCCGGUAUCACUUCAAACUCCAGACCUUGCAGUGCGAACUCUUUGACUAUGGGGGCUGCGGAGGCAACGAAAACAACUUCCUGACCUUGGAAGAAUGCCAAGCGAUGUGUGUUGUCCCAGAUUUGCCUGAGAAGAAAAAGAAGACAAGAUUUAAGAAAGAAAAACCGUCAUUCUGCUUUUUGGAGGAGGAUCCUGGAAUCUGCCGGGGAAUGAUUUCCAAGUAUUUCUACAACAAAGAGUCUCAGCUGUGUGAAAAAUUCAUGUACGGUGGGUGCCUGGGAAACCAAAACAAUUUCGAUUUUUUGAAAGAAUGCCAGGAUAUCUGCGAGGACAGCCCCAACUCUUUGCAACUGGAAGAUGAAGAGAAGGCCCUUCCUAGUGUGUCCAAUAACAGUGCCCCGGCUGUAAAGCAGGGUAGGUAUCAAAAGCAAACACGGGCUUAA